CUGCUCAUACCUCUGAAGUUGGCCUUCACGGGUCACCAACCGCUGUGAGAAGGGGAACAAAACGGUUACGUCUAUAGCAAAUGAACAUAAUCACCAUUGAAUUUGCCUACCAAGAGGAAGAACUAAAGACACCAAGCACAACUCUACUUGCAAUGAAGUCGACGUAUCUUCUCAUCUUGGCUUCUCUCACGGUGGGUAACUUUACGGGUUCCAGAGGGCAGGGUAUGCCAGACGAUGGGACGGUGGACCACAAGACCAUAGACGACAUUAUUCUACAGAGAGCAGAGACUAUUUUGUUGCGCUCCAUUUUGGAAAAGAUACAAGAGCAAGGAGAAACAAAUGAAGGGCUUUACUCUCAGUCAGACUGUGUCACAAAGCGGCAACAUCCCGGCAAGAGACUGAACGAGGACCUGGAGAAACGGCAGCAUCCAGGGCGAAGGGAGGAGGAGGACGACGACGGGGAGGCAGACUACGAGGCUGUUCAGAAGAGACAGCACCCGGGAAAACGCGACGACGACCUAGACUCCUUUAUAGAGUUCCAGAAAAGACAGCACCCGGGAAAACGCGCGAUACUUGGACAGAUUGCGGACAGCCCCGUGCUCCUGAGUGAACUUUCUAAAAGACAGCACCCGGGAAAACGCUUCCUCGCGUUUUUCAGCAAACGGCAGCACCCAGGUAAGCGUGACCCUGGCUUUGACGUGGAGCGCGAGGAAAACGCGGCCCUCCAGCAAUUCGACAAGCGUCAGCAUCCCGGGAAACGUUUUUGGGAAAACUCGAGCCCGGAUUCGGGCUCCACCAGACCCUGUGACGUGUUGGACCCAUCCUCUGGCUGCAGCCAGACCAGCCUGUUGCUCGACCUCAUAGACAACGUGACCAAGAGUCGCGUGGAGGAAAAGAGACAACACCCGGGUAAAAGACUCGCCCCCCCAGGGGAGGAUUUGGUAGAAAAGUGAUCAUAAUAAAAAAACUAAAGUUUAGGCUGUUGUGAGCCUAAUGUGCUGUAUAGUAAAAAAAUAAAUGUGUAAAGUAAUUGACCGUAAUCAAAUAAUUUCAGAUAAGCCUGCCCAUUUACAUAAUUUUCUAUAUACCCGAAAAAAUGCCACAUAGGUAUUUUACAAUUUAGGAACAUGAAGUAAUAGGCCUACAUUGAUUGCAUUCAGGUAUGUGAUCGAUGAUAGCGCCCAAAGUGUAUGUCAUUGGAUUAAAAUAUUUGCUUUUGCUUAACUUUGAGGAAGUGUGCACAUGUUGUUCACUGAACCUCGAAUUAUAACCUAAUUUGACGUCUAAUGAAAAGGCAACUUUGAUCGAUUUGUGACACAGGCAACUCUUAUUAAAUACGUUUUUAUUUAGCCUAAUAUUAUAUUUUUGCUUUGUGUUGUUACCUCUGUGAGGUUACAAAGUUUUAGUAUAGGCUCCUAUCAGAUAAAAGCAAUAGAAAAGUCGAAAAUACGCUAACUGAAUAGGCUGCAAAAAGUUAUUUUUUACUAAAAUAUUAUUGCAUGGACUCAUGUUUAACUGCAGCCUGUAUGUAAUUCCUGCCUUAAAUCAUUUCACAACUAUGUCGAUGUUACAAUAAAAUGCAUUAGUAAAGAA